AUGCCGUCAAUCAAGACCUCCGCUGCCGUUUUGGCCGCCGCACUUUUCUCGAUGACUGUCAACUCCCAAGCCAUCUACACAAUCGACCCGGACAGCGUUUCGCUGCCCACCCGCCAAGGAUGGUGCUCCUCGCAGACUGCCGCAUGUCCUCUGCUUUGCCUGCAACUUUCGGGCGAAUCUUCGACCACUGCUGCGAAUGAUUGUGAUCCUGAAGUAUUAUCAUAUCAAUGCGUGUGUGGCAAUGGUCUUAGCCCGAAUGCAAGCGAGUAUUCCCAGACGCUGCCAUUUUUCGAGUGCCAAGAAUAUGGAAACCAGUGCGUGGCAGCAUGCAACGGAAACACCCCGUGUCAGAGUGCUUGCAGAGACGAUCAUCCAUGCGGUGCACAGAAUCCCACCAGAGUCAACAUCACAAGCAGCGCUUCCUCGAGCACCACCAACGCUCCAGCAGGCGCAACAACCGGUGCAGGAGGAGAGGUUGUCUACAAUGGACUUGGAGGAGACGCCGGAACAACAACGGCUGCCUCUGGUGCUCAGGCCACUGGCACCGAUGACACCAAGAAGAAUGGUUCGCAGAUGGCAUUGGACGUUGGGCGCAGCUACAGCUUUGCUGUCGUAUUCGCCGGUCUUUUCGCCGGAUUUGCUUUGGUCAUGUAG